CCUCCCACCUCCUCCGCCGCUUCGCUGUCGCCGUCGCAGAUCGACCUGACAGCGUUCACACCUGAGGACGGAACCGCAGCUUUGGGUCUUCUCCCGCCAGCGGCACCAUGGGGAACUCGGCGUCUCUGCUGGAUGAAAGCAAAUCCGACUACAUCAAAGGCCGGGCCGAGGCUGAGCUGCAGAACUUCAGCCCAUACUACCGGAAGCAGUUCUCCGUGGCUCGGUUCUGUCGGGUGCAGGAUGAGCUGGAGCAGCACAGGGCAAAGGUCACGCAGCUGCUCCAACAGAGGGACACGCCCGCCGAGGCCGAGGUGAUCUACGAAGGGCUCGUGUUCCACUUUGACGACAGCAGGAAGUGGAAGGAGAGGUACGUGGUGGUGCGAGCCAACUACUGCCUGGACUGUCACGACAGCCUGCAGAGCUUUGUUACAGGGGUUCCUCCCCGCUCCAAGCUGCUGCCCACGGGGGGCGCGGUGCUGACCAGCGAGGAGGCGUACAUGGCCAUGGUGGACCAGUGCUUCCCCGGAGACGCCAAUCCGGGGAAGGAGGACUUCGGGCCUCCGCUGUCAGGAAUGCCGGGCCAGUUUCCCGUCUACCUGCGUCUGCCCUACAGGAGCGACUCCUACUUCUGCUUCAAACAGGAGGACAAGCAGGCAGCCUUCCUCUCCAUGCUGUCAGACUGCAUCCGACACCAGAACCAAGACUUCCUGAAGAAGGACACGUGUGAAGUGCAGGCGUUCCUCAAAGCCGUGCAGCUCUACAGACAGGACCGUGGCAAAUACGAGGCCUGGGACAUGCUGAUAGGCAGUGAUGGGAGGGUGAUGGCGAACCUGGUGAUGGAGCAACUGCUGCCGUCUCUGCAGACUGACCUGCUGCCUCGUCUGAAGGCCAAGAGGUCUGAGAAGAAGAGAGUGUGGUUUGCUACGGUGGAAGCCGCCUACUUCCUGGUCCAGGAGCACCUGUUGGACGGACUGUCUGUGCUGAAGGAGGAAUGUCGAACGCUGGCCCAGCAGCAGGAGGUGCUCAUGCACUCAGACCUGGACCAAAUCCUCAGCUUGAGACGGCAGCUGGAGGACAAAAUCCAGGAAAAAGUCUCUGAGCCGGCACAGAAGCUGUGCUCGGAGUCGGUCCAGCCUUACCUGGGGUCCGUCCUGGAGGAGCUGAUGGAGCCAAUCAGCUGUGGUUUCCAGGAGGGACGACAGCUAAGUGAGCGCAUGAUGGACCAGGUCUGUAAGCACUUCCUGGAGGAAGCAAACGACAAUCAAGUAAAAAAGACGCUCUCUAAGAUGGCGAGGCCGAACCUGUCCAGCUGCUACCAGAAGAUCGGAUCCCUGCAGGACAAACUGCAGAACCUGCAGGAGAGAUUUGGCUCGUCCGCUGUUACGGGCGCGAUCCACAGCGCUCAGAUCGACCUCCAGCAGCUGAUGGACAACGCAGCGUUUACAUUCGAGCAGCUUCUGUACAAGGCUGUGGAGGACAAGCCGGGCAGCGCCGCCUCUGCCAUCGAAAAGGCCAAACACCGAGUGCUCAAGCAAUAUGACUAUGACAGCAGUACCGUGAGGAAGAGGAUCUUCCAGGAGGCUCUUGUUUCCGUCACUCUGCCUUUUAUCAAGAAGAAUCUCGCUGACAUCUGCAAAAACGAGCUUCAGGGUCUUGACCAGCUCAUCUAUGCUGACUAUUCCAACUUCAUCCAUGUUGAGAAUGUUUAUGAGAGCGUCCUCCUGCAAAUUCUGGACAAGGAGGUCACCAAAGUGGUGAAGGAGGCAGCCAGCCUGAAGAAACACAACCUGUUUGGAGACAGAGACGUGGCCAGUCAGUCCAGCCGCUCCAGCCUCUCCUCUCCAGACAGCCCGGCCACAGCUGCGGCCUCCUCUCUCAGGGCGCCCUUCGAGCCCCAGCCGCCCUCGCCCCUUGUAGCAGACUGUCUCAAGAGGAUCACUCGGGUGAAGGAGGCACCUGAAGAAGUCGGCCCAGGGGUGGGGAGAGAUGAAGACCUACCUGCUGCAGCAGAGCCAUCAGCUUUAGCAGAAACAGGAGCUUUGAUUGAGGUGCCUGCGGCUAAUGUAGCAGCAGCUCCAGACACUCUGGUUCAAGAGAGGCCGAGUUCUGUCACGGCAGACGAAGUUGAGACAGCUGCUGAGCCUGAGAUGCAGAGCACAGAUGCUCAAAAUGAAAUGGAGGUUUCAGAAGUUCCCACGGUUCCAGAAAGUGGAAAGACAGAUGCAGAUGAAGCAGCAGCACAAACAGAAGGUCCUUUGCCAAGUCCUGAUCCCACGCCUGAAACACUAACUACACAACAGGAAGGCAGCAGUGAAGGAGAGCCACAGAGGGACAGCUCUGACAGGAAGCUAGAGGCGCCCCCUAGUGGUGAAGAACCACUAGGGGAUUCAGAGCCAUUCACAUGCUCAGAUCCUAAUUCUCUGGAUGUGUCAGUAGGAAGUGAGUCACCGGGCUCCGACCUGGAGUCCUUAGAGGAAGCCAUAGCCACGCAGAGCGGUGACGAGGCGCCGACUUCCUCUGACGCCCUGGAAACGACUGACAGUACAUCACCUGUGAAGGUAAAAGACGAGCGGCGGCCUCAGAUGGAGGCUGGGAGCAGCGACGCUGGCCCUGAAGAGGCUGCAGUGAGUGUAAAGGUGGAGUCUCCGCCUUCGGACAGCAGCGCCGCCGGCAGCCCCCUGGAUUCUGUCAAGGAGAUCCGAAACCUGGUGGAGGAGGUGACUGAGGUGGAGGACCGGGUGCAGCAUUACCCCAGCCAAAUUCCAAACGAGGAAUAAAGCAGCGUGAGCACUGCCAUCAGUCGUGGAGCUGCUCCCUCUGUGGACAAGGGACCAAAGCAUUCAUUUCUUUCUGCUUUAGGACAUUAGGUCCUGGGAAACGUCAGUGAGCUUCCAUGAACACCUAUGCAUGAAUUCUUAGUAAAUUAUUUAUGCAAUCACUAUCAUUUCCACAAAUGACAUGAGAUGUGCUGGGUGUCCAAAACCAGGCCACGCCAUCCGUCAUAGGACGCUUGUCUCAACACUGCCACUCUUUUUGCACCAAAGUGUUUUAGAAGCUCUAGAUUAAAGAAGUAUUUUACUAUAGAAGAUUGUAAAUAGCUUUGUUUGCCAUUUUGCUGUGUUGAUUUUAAAGGAGCACUACGACCUCUUCCUAACAGCCGGAUGUGAAGAUGGACGCCCAUGUUGUGUCGAAGUCAGUAUGUGGUGAACCAAUGCAGGAGCAGGAGGAAACGGCAGCUUCUGUCUAAAAAAUAUGCCGACUGACACAAACUAGUUAAGUCCUACAAUUAAAAAUGGAACAAAUAGUUGGAACUUUUUACAUUUUGGUGGAAGAUGUUAAAAUAACUGAUAAUUCAAUAAAAAGCAAUACCACAGUAUUAAA